CGCCGGGAGCCAGCGGCGGCGGCGGCGGCGGCGGCUGAGGCAGCGGGAGCCGGGCGGUCGGCGGGCGCGCGGGGCGACGCUGGCUGCUCUUCGGGCUGGCGCUCUGCGAUGAGACAGUAGCUGCAUCCCGCGUGCACUGCUGCAGGUAAGACCUGGACUGGACUUGCUACUGCUUGAAUACGUAGAUGCCCACAAGUUCCUGGAUCGGCUUGUGGAAAAUUGUAUUGCUGUUGGAAACUUCUUACAUGCUUCAGAUUCUUUUCAGGGAAAUACAUACUACGGAAACUGAAAAUUCAGACAUUCUAAGUGAAAUCCUUCAAGUCAUCUGUGAUAAUGGUGGCCCUGUCUUUAAAAAUCUGUGUCCGCCACUGCAAUGUGGUGAAGACCAUGCAGUUUGAGCCAUCUACAGCUGUGUAUGAUGCCUGUCGACUCAUUCGGGAACGGGUACCUGAGGCACAAACCGGGCAAGCUUCUGACUAUGGGCUGUUUCUCUCUGAUGAAGACCCCAGAAAAGGGAUUUGGCUGGAAGCAGGAAGAACACUAGAUUACUACAUGCUGCGGAAUGGAGAUAUUUUAGAAUACAAGAAAAAGCAGAGACCUCAGAAAAUCCGCAUGUUGGAUGGCUCUGUGAAGACAGUGAUGGUGGAUGACUCCAAAACCGUGGGGGAGCUCCUGGUUACAAUCUGCAGCAGGAUAGGAAUAACAAACUAUGAAGAAUACUCUUUAAUUCAGGAAACGAUUGAAGAAAAAAAAGAGGAAGGAACAGGCACACUCAAAAAAGACAGGACAUUGUUAAGAGAUGAGCGAAAGAUGGAGAAGUUGAAGGCCAAGCUUCACACAGAUGAUGACUUGAACUGGCUGGAUCACAGCCGAACAUUCAGAGAGCAAGGGGUCGAUGAAAAUGAAACACUGCUACUUCGACGGAAGUUCUUUUACUCUGAUCAGAAUGUGGACUCGAGAGACCCGGUGCAGCUGAAUUUGCUUUAUGUCCAGGCUAGGGAUGACAUCUUAAACGGCUCCCAUCCUGUCUCCUUCGAGAAGGCUUGUGAGUUUGGUGGGUUUCAAGCCCAGAUACAAUUUGGACCUCACGUGGAACAUAAACACAAGCCUGGAUUCUUAGAUCUAAAAGAAUUUCUACCCAAAGAAUACAUCAAGCAGAGAGGAGCUGAGAAGAGAAUAUUUCAGGAACAUAAAAACUGUGGUGAGAUGAGUGAAAUAGAAGCCAAGGUCAAGUACGUGAAACUCGCCAGGUCCCUCCGGACAUACGGGGUGUCCUUUUUCUUGGUCAAGGAAAAGAUGAAAGGCAAGAACAAGCUUGUGCCCCGCCUGUUGGGCAUCACCAAAGACUCAGUGAUGCGUGUGGAUGAGAAGAGCAAGGAGGUGCUGCAAGAGUGGCCACUCACCACAGUCAAGCGCUGGGCAGCCUCACCCAAGAGCUUCACGCUGGAUUUUGGGGAGUACCAGGAAAGCUACUAUUCAGUACAAACCACUGAGGGGGAGCAAAUAUCCCAGCUGAUUGCAGGAUACAUCGACAUCAUCCUAAAAAAGAAACAAAGCAAAGAUAGAUUUGGGCUGGAAGGCGAUGAAGAGUCAACUAUGUUAGAAGAGUCAGUUUCCCCAAAAAAGUCCACCAUCUUGCAGCAGCAGUUCAACCGGACUGGGAAGGCAGAACAUGGUUCAGUAGCACUGCCGGCUGUCAUGCGUUCUGGCUCCAGUGGGCCCGAGACUUUCAACGUUGGCAGUAUGCCCUCACCACAGCAGCAGGUCAUGGUCGGACAGAUGCAUCGAGGCCACAUGCCUCCACUGACCUCAGCCCAGCAGGCCCUUAUGGGAACCAUCAACACAAGCAUGCAUGCUGUCCAGCAGGCCCAGGAUGACCUCAGUGAACUCGACUCGCUGCCGCCACUCGGCCAAGAUAUGGCAUCUAGGGUAUGGGUUCAGAACAAAGUAGAUGAAUCCAAACAUGAAAUCCAUUCUCAAGUCGAUGCUAUUACAGCUGGAACGGCUUCAGUUGUUAACCUCACGGCUGGUGACCCUGCAGACACUGACUACACAGCGGUGGGCUGUGCAAUCACCACGAUCUCUUCCAACCUGACGGAGAUGUCCAAGGGGGUGAAGCUGCUGGCAGCCCUAAUGGAUGACGAUGUGGGCAGUGGAGAGGACCUGCUCAGAGCUGCCAGGACCCUUGCUGGGGCCGUGUCUGACUUGCUGAAGGCUGUACAGCCUACUUCUGGAGAGCCUCGACAGACUGUUCUGACUGCUGCUGGAAGCAUCGGCCAAGCCAGUGGAGAUCUCCUGAGACAGAUUGGAGAGAACGAGACAGAUGAGCGGUUCCAAGAUGUUCUAAUGAGCCUGGCUAAAGCCGUUGCCAAUGCUGCCGCCAUGUUGGUGCUAAAGGCAAAGAAUGUGGCCCAGGUGGCCGAAGACACUGUCCUCCAGAACAGGGUGAUUGCUGCGGCUACCCAAUGUGCCCUCUCUACCUCCCAGCUUGUGGCAUGUGCCAAGGUUGUGAGCCCCACCAUCAGCUCCCCUGUGUGCCAGGAGCAGCUGAUUGAAGCGGGGAAGCUGGUGGAUCGCUCCGUGGAGAACUGUGUUCGUGCCUGCCAGGCCGCCACUGGUGACAGCGAGCUCCUGAAGCAGGUCAGUGCAGCAGCCAGCGUUGUCAGCCAGGCCCUGCACGAUCUCCUACAGCACGUGCGGCAAUUCGCCAGCCGAGGGGAGCCCAUUGGCCGCUAUGAUCAAGCCACUGACACCAUCAUGUGCGUCACCGAGAGCAUCUUCAGCUCCAUGGGCGAUGCGGGUGAGAUGGUACGUCAGGCCCGAGUCCUGGCCCAGGCGACAUCCGAUCUUGUCAAUGCCAUGAGGUCAGAUGCAGAGGCUGAGAUUGACAUGGAGAAUUCCAAGAAGCUCUUGGCAGCUGCCAAGCUCCUGGCUGACUCCACUGCCCGCAUGGUGGAAGCUGCAAAGGGGGCUGCAGCCAACCCAGAGAAUGAAGACCAGCAACAGAGGCUGAGAGAAGCUGCUGAAGGUCUACGGGUAGCAACCAACGCUGCUGCCCAGAACGCUAUUAAGAAAAAAAUUGUCAACCGGCUAGAGGUUGCAGCCAAGCAGGCUGCAGCUGCAGCUACACAGACCAUUGCAGCCUCCCAGAAUGCAGCCAUUUCCAACAAGAACCCUGCGGCACAGCAGCAGCUGGUCCAGAGCUGCAAGGCAGUGGCAGAUCACAUCCCUCAGCUGGUACAGGGGGUGAGAGGGAGCCAAGCUCAAGCAGAAGACCUCAGUGCCCAGCUGGCUCUCAUCAUUUCCAGCCAGAACUUCCUCCAGCCUGGAAGCAAGAUGGUAUCCUCUGCCAAGGCCGCAGUACCCACUGUGAGUGACCAGGCUGCAGCCAUGCAGCUGAGCCAGUGUGCCAAGAACCUGGCGACUAGCCUGGCUGAACUGCGCACUGCCUCCCAGAAGGCCCAUGAAGCCUGUGGCCCCAUGGAAAUCGAUUCAGCACUGAACACGGUGCAGACACUUAAGAAUGAGCUUCAGGAUGCCAAGAUGGCUGCUGCGGAAAGUCAGCUGAAACCACUUCCAGGGGAAACGCUGGAAAAGUGUGCUCAAGACCUGGGAAGCACCUCCAAGGCAGUGGGCUCCUCCAUGGCACAGCUCCUCACCUGUGCUGCUCAAGGAAACGAGCACUACACAGGAGUGGCAGCUAGAGAGACAGCCCAAGCUCUGAAAACACUGGCUCAGGCCGCCCGGGGAGUGGCAGCAUCAACAAGUGAUCCUAUGGCUGCCCACGCCAUGUUAGAUUCAGCUCGGGACGUGAUGGAGGGCUCUGCCAUGCUCAUCCAAGAAGCCAAGCAGGCCUUAAUUGCACCUGGAGAUGCAGAGAGUCAGCAGAGACUAGCCCAGGUGGCCAAAGCCGUGUCUCACUCCUUGAAUAACUGUGUGAAUUGCCUCCCUGGACAGAAGGAUGUGGAUGUGGCCUUGAAGAGCAUUGGGGAGUCCAGCAAGAAGCUGCUUGUAGAUUCGCUACCUCCAAGCACGAAACCUUUCCAAGAAGCCCAGAGUGAGCUGAACCAGGCUGCUGCUGAUCUGAACCAGUCUGCUGGGGAAGUUGUCCACGCCACACGGGGCCAGAGUGGAGAGCUGGCAGCAGCCUCUGGAAAAUUCAGUGAUGACUUCGAUGAGUUCCUGGAUGCUGGCAUUGAGAUGGCUGGUCAGGCGCAGACGAAAGAAGAUCAGAUGCAAGUGAUAGGGAACCUUAAGAAUAUCUCUAUGGCAUCAAGCAAGCUGCUGUUAGCUGCCAAGUCUCUCUCUGUGGAUCCUGGAGCCCCCAAUGCAAAAAAUCUUCUGGCUGCAGCUGCAAGGGCUGUGACUGAGAGCAUCAACCAGCUCAUCACUUUGUGCACUCAGCAGGCCCCUGGGCAGAAGGAAUGUGACAAUGCCCUGCGGGAGCUCGAGACGGUCAAGGGGAUGCUAGACAAUCCCAAUGAACCUGUGAGUGACCUCUCUUACUUUGACUGCAUUGAGAGUGUGAUGGAAAAUUCUAAGGUUCUAGGCGAGUCAAUGGCAGGGAUUUCACAGAAUGCCAAGACUGGGGACCUCCCUGCCUUUGGGGAAUGUGUGGGGAUUGCAUCCAAGGCUCUGUGUGGGCUGACGGAGGCUGCGGCUCAGGCUGCGUACCUGGUUGGCAUCUCUGAUCCAAACAGCCAGGCAGGCCACCAAGGCCUGGUGGACCCCAUUCAGUUUGCCAGAGCUAAUCAGGCAAUCCAGAUGGCAUGCCAGAACCUGGUAGACCCUGGCAGCAGCCCAUCACAGGUUCUGUCGGCCGCCACGAUCGUUGCCAAGCACACGUCUGCCUUGUGCAAUGCUUGCCGCAUUGCCUCAUCCAAGACAGCUAACCCUGUGGCCAAGAGGCACUUUGUCCAGUCAGCCAAGGAGGUUGCCAACAGCACUGCCAACCUGGUCAAGACCAUCAAGGCCUUGGAUGGGGAUUUCUCUGAAGACAACCGCAAUAAGUGUCGUGUUGCUACUGCACCCUUGAUUGAAGCUGUGGAGAACCUAACGGCAUUCGCAUCAAACCCUGAGUUUGUCAGCAUUCCCGCCCAGAUCAGCUCUGAAGGCUCCCAGGCACAGGAACCAAUCCUGGUCUCUGCCAAGACCAUGCUGGAAAGUUCAUCAUACCUCAUCCGCACUGCUCGCUCUUUGGCCAUCAACCCCAAAGACCCACCCACCUGGUCUGUGCUGGCUGGACAUUCCCACACUGUGUCUGACUCCAUUAAGAGUCUCAUCACAUCUAUUAGGGACAAAGCCCCUGGGCAGAGGGAAUGUGACUACUCCAUUGAUGGCAUCAACCGAUGCAUCCGGGACAUUGAGCAGGCUUCACUGGCAGCAGUCAGUCAGAGCCUGGCCACAAGGGAUGACAUCUCUGUGGAGGCCCUGCAGGAACAGCUGACUUCGGUGGUCCAGGAAAUUGGGCAUCUUAUUGAUCCCAUUGCCACAGCAGCUCGGGGAGAAGCUGCCCAGCUGGGACAUAAGGUAACACAGCUGGCGAGCUACUUUGAGCCCUUGAUCUUAGCUGCAGUUGGUGUUGCCUCCAAGAUGCUGGACCAUCAACAGCAGAUGACAGUGCUGGACCAGACCAAGACACUGGCAGAGUCUGCUCUGCAGAUGCUGUAUGCAGCCAAAGAAGGUGGAGGAAACCCUAAGGCACAGCACACCCACGAUGCCAUCACAGAGGCUGCACAGCUGAUGAAAGAAGCUGUGGAUGACAUCAUGGUGACACUGAAUGAAGCUGCCAGUGAAGUCGGGCUGGUGGGAGGCAUGGUGGAUGCCAUUGCAGAGGCCCUGAGCAAGCUGGAUGAAGGCACACCUCCAGAACCAAAGGGAACAUUUGUUGACUACCAGACAACUGUGGUCAAAUACUCCAAAGCCAUUGCUGUCACAGCUCAGGAAAUGAUGACUAAGUCGGUUACUAACCCGGAGGAGUUGGGAGGCCUGGCUUCACAAAUGACCAGUGACUAUGGGCACCUGGCUCUCCAGGGCCAGAUGGCAGCAGCCACCGCCGAACCAGAGGAGAUCGGAUUCCAGAUUCGUACACGUGUACAGGACCUGGGCCACGGCUGUAUCUUCCUGGUGCAGAAGGCAGGGGCCCUCCAGGUGUGCCCCACAGACAGCUACACCAAGAAAGAGCUGAUCGAGUGCACACGUUCUGUCACUGAGAAGGUAUCCUUGGUGCUCUCGGCUCUCCAGGCUGGGAACAAGGGGACUCAAGCAUGCAUCACAGCUGCCACUGCUGUGUCUGGGAUCAUUGCUGACCUAGACACCACCAUCAUGUUUGCAACAGCAGGAACACUGAAUGCAGAGAACAGUGAGACCUUCGCAGAUCACAGGGAGAACAUUCUGAAGACAGCCAAGGCGUUGGUGGAAGAUACGAAGCUGCUCGUGUCAGGAGCUGCAUCCACUCCAGACAAACUUGCCCAGGCAGCUCAGUCCUCAGCAGCUACCAUCACCCAGCUUGCUGAGGUGGUCAAACUGGGAGCGGCCAGCCUGGGCUCUGAUGACCCUGAGACCCAGGUGGUACUGAUCAAUGCCAUCAAGGAUGUAGCCAAGGCCCUUUCUGAUCUCAUUGGUGCUACCAAGGGAGCUGCCAGCAAGCCAGCUGACGACCCCUCCAUGUACCAACUCAAAGGAGCCGCCAAGGUGAUGGUGACCAAUGUCACCUCUCUCCUCAAGACUGUGAAGGCAGUGGAGGAUGAGGCUACCCGGGGCACAAGGGCACUUGAGGCCACCAUAGAGUACAUAAAGCAGGAGCUCACGGUGUUCCAGUCAAAAGACAUACCUGAGAAGACAUCAUCUCCCGAAGAAUCAAUAAGAAUGACAAAAGGCAUCACCAUGGCAACAGCUAAGGCUGUAGCAGCUGGAAACUCAUGUAGACAGGAAGACGUGAUUGCCACUGCCAAUCUGAGCCGGAAGGCUGUGUCAGAUAUGUUGACAGCUUGCAAGCAAGCGUCCUUCUACCCUGAUGUCAGUGAAGAGGUGCGAACCAGAGCUUUACGGUAUGGCACGGAAUGCACCCUGGGCUAUCUGGACCUUCUGGAACAUGUUUUGGUGAUCCUUCAAAAGCCAACCCCAGAACUCAAGCAUCAGUUGGCUGCUUUCUCCAAGCGAGUCGCUGGUGCUGUGACAGAGCUCAUCCAGGCAGCGGAAGCCAUGAAAGGAACAGAGUGGGUAGAUCCAGAAGACCCAACCGUCAUUGCAGAAACUGAAUUACUGGGGGCUGCAGCAUCCAUUGAGGCUGCUGCUAAGAAGUUAGAGCAACUGAAGCCAAGAGCAAAACCAAAGCAAGCGGACGAGACCCUGGAUUUUGAAGAACAAAUCUUGGAAGCUGCUAAGUCCAUUGCUGCUGCCACAAGUGCCCUGGUCAAAUCAGCCUCAGCAGCCCAAAGGGAGCUGGUUGCCCAAGGCAAGGUGGGCUCCAUCCCUGCCAAUGCUGCAGACGACGGACAGUGGUCACAGGGACUGAUUUCUGCCGCCCGGAUGGUGGCAGCAGCGACCAGCAGUCUCUGUGAGGCAGCCAAUGCCUCUGUUCAGGGACAUGCAAGCGAGGAGAAGCUCAUCUCAUCUGCCAAGCAGGUCGCUGCUUCCACAGCUCAGCUGCUGGUGGCCUGCAAGGUGAAAGCUGACCAGGAUUCAGAGGCCAUGAGGCGGCUACAGGUAAUGGUCACUGAUGCUGGUGGGAAAAUACUCCUCUUGGAGCGGGCAGCAGGAAAUGCUGUUAAAAGAGCCUCAGACAAUCUUGUUCGUGCAGCCCAGAAGGCAGCAUUUGGCAAAGCUGAUGAUGACGAUGUCGUUGUGAAAACAAAAUUUGUGGGGGGCAUUGCUCAGAUCAUCGCAGCCCAGGAGGAAAUGCUAAAGAAAGAACGAGAACUGGAAGAAGCCAGGAAAAAGCUGGCCCAGAUCCGCCAGCAGCAGUAUAAAUUCCUACCCACUGAGCUGAGGGAAGAUGAGGCCUAAGGCCAGGCCACUAUGGUGAACCCAGGAGAUGGCCCCCAGGCAAGAACUGGACAGACAGUGUUCCUAAGAGCCAGACACUUAUGGGAACCAUCGACCUCCUCCUGGGGUGAUUGAUCCCAGAGCCCCCCCUGAGCCUUGUUCUCACUUCUCAGUCCUGUCACCACUGGCUGCAUGAUCGUGAUGUCACACGGUACAGUGUCCCACCCACAGCUCCUCCACCCCUCCCCUCAUGCUUCACUAUAUCUCAGGAUUGAGGGGUGCACGUUUCUUGGACUGUUACCAAAAGAAAGAGAAGUCAGUAUUAUGUCAUUCUCAGACACCUUUGCUCUUUGUCCUCCUCCAGGCCUGCUCCAAGGGCCUCUCUGUGAAAUCACACUAGGAAAAAAUAACAGUGGGUCACAGGAAUCAUCAGUGUCAUAGACCCAGAUAUUCUCUCAUGAGAGAAGACAGAAGCUGGAGUUAGACACGGUCAAUAAAAGCCAGAAACAUGCACCCAGGUGGACUCUGGGGCCUAGAGUGACUGAGGUCCCCCCUGGUUCUGGAGCACUCUGAUUCACCCAUGGGGGUGAAGAAUCCCUGCCCUGUUUGCAUGCUUUCUUGCCACCGUGUAUAAGCUCCUUGUACAAUCUGCACCCAUCUUGUAUUCUGUGGCCCAGAAAAUCAAAGUUGUUUUUUUUCUCCCUCCAUAAUCCAAAGGGCAGAGUUGUGGGAGGCUGUCAGGGCUUGGUGGGUAGGGGCUGGAAUAAAAGAUGUGGGCUCCUUACUCUGCAAGGCUGUUUCGGUUCCUACAGAUGCACUCACACAAACUGUGUCCUAGAUUGUACUCAGUGCAGUGCCCCCUGAUAGGGUCAAGUGGGACUUGAGCGGGAAUGAGGAGCCUCCAUCUUCAAGUCCCACAUCACUUUCUGUACUGUUGAGGGUCCAAAUUCAAGAUGGGAAGUUACCUGUUUAGAACUAUCACCUGUCCUCCACCCGAAGAGGACACUUUUUUUGUAUCUUAGUGUUCCUAAAAUCUAAAUGUACCCUCGCCUUGAUGUGAACCUUUAAGUGCGGCAGCAUUGCUUAUUGUCACAGGGGUGUUUCCAGAGUCUGUCAUUUGGGGCACUGCUUCCAGUAUUUCGGAUGUCUUAUCUUUCCUUGUUUGGCCCCUCUUCUGGGAAGAGCAUUAUAAGUCCCUGAGUUUACAUUUAAUCUCAGCCCAAGAAGAUGCAUGAAGGAUGAAUGGCCUAUGGGCUAGAGCCUAAUGUCAAGUACCAGUAUGUCUCAAUGAAUUCAUAAGGGGAAGACAGAGGUCUAGUAGGGGUGGGCUGGGGCUGUAGCUUAGUUGGUAGACUGUUUGCCUAGCUUGCAUGCACAAGGCUCUGAGUCCUAUCUCCAGUACGCAUAACCUCGGCAUGGUGGCACAUGCCUGUAAUUCCAGCACUUGCGAGAUGGAGGCAAGAGGCCCAGAAGUUCAAGAUCAUGCUUAAAAGAUAAUGGUUUCAAAACUGAUGGCUGUUGAAGGUAGACAUCCUCAGCUCUGUGGCCACCUUCAUGUUGUACCCACCACAGUUUCAAAUUUCUACCCAGGAGGAAAUGUCAGUACUCUGGUCCUUAAGAAAAUGUCAUCUUUCAAUCUUGUCAGAUGAUUCUGAUUUAGCAGACCCUACCCCACUGCUGUGGUUUAAAUAACUAAACUUUGGCAGCUUCCCAUAUUUAUAGGCGCUUUAUAAGUGCCACACUUAAGAAUAUUUUUCAAACAGGUAGAAAGUUAGAAAAACUAUAAUGUGAAUGAAAAGCAAGUAGAGAGAGAACACAUGGACAAAAUAGGGAUGUGCAGACACCUUCACUACCCACAGGAAGGCAGACAGCCUUGCUCACUUUCUGAGCAUAGCUCUUUAUGCCUGUGCCAAGUGAACUCUGAAGACUCCGGCCAGGGUGCUUUCCCAAGCUACUAAGUUACAGACCCAACAGUUGAGACAUGGUAAAGACCUUCCGCAGGAAGACUAGAGGCUGUGCCUCAGGCAGCUACCCCUCUUCCCUCCUACCUGUUCCCUUUCACAUGCUGCACCCCAGGGGUAGGGUAAGCACAGUGAAUUCUCUGUCCUUGCCUCAGGGGUAAUGGAUAUCAGAGAAAACCUCCAGGGGCAAAUGGAAAGGAAAGGCCUGUCCUUCACAAUCAUAAAGAGUGGGCAUAGAGCUUUGUAUUUUAAUAGGACCUGUGUCAACACCCUCUAGUUUGGAGUGGCCUGCUGCUAAGUGGUUUGGGGAAGCUGGUUCCCAGGUAUCACAUGCCACGGUCCUGUUUCUCACCUGUCCCUUUCUCACCCAUGCUCUCUCUGUUCAGAAUUUCUGUUUUUAGUGAUCAAAAAAAAAAAAAAAAAAAAAAAAAGGAAUUCUGCUUGCUUCUGCCCUUCAGAAGUCUUUGGAUUAGAUGCUAAAGUCAUGUUUUGUCAGAGAGCCCUCUUCCAGUGACCAGUCAGCGUGCCCAUGGAGGUCAGCACAGCAGGUCCUUGAGAUCUAGUCAGUCCUCCAGGUGUCACUGGCAGCCUCCAGAAGCAGCUGCUCAGCCUGCAGUCUCUGCACAGGCUCUUAGCCUAAAAACCACUCUGAGCUGCUUGUAGGACUCAGCUGCUUGCUUUCUGAGUACUCUACCAACUAACAAGUAUACAGGCAACUGAAGCCAAUCCCUAAUAUGUCACCCACAGUGCACCCAGGUCUGAUGGCACAUGCUUAUAAUCCCAGCACUUGGGAGGUGGAGGCAGGAGGUUCAUGAGUUUAAGGCCAGCCUGGGACUUGGAGCAAGAUCCUGUUUUUUAUAAUCAAAAGCUAGGGGUAUAGCUUAGUGUUAGAAUGCUUACCUAGUCAGUGCAAAGCCCUGGGUUUGUUCCCACUAGCACACACAAACAGCCCCCCAAAGUAUAAUGAAAUUUUACUGCAACUUAAAAGAAUGUAUCCCCACCUCCUAAGUGACCCCAGAACCAAAACCCCAUAAAGGAACCAGGGCGGAGGUGGUAAGCUAUACUGUCUGCUCCCAGGGAACUCAAAGGCCUGUUGCCCUUCCUCUUUCCUCCCUGCUAGGUGAUCCCCCAGAUCUCCUCUCCCAUCUGUGAGGUUCUGGAUUAUGGCCUCUGGGAUUUAGACCUUAAGAUCCCAGCAUAUACUGGUCUGCAUGCUUUGCUCAGAUCCCUAGAGAAAAUGAACUUCUGUUGACCAGUUGGACAACUGCUUCUGAGAGCCUUAGUGGGAUGCAAAGAAUUGGGAGGAAAUGUGCACAGCAGGCUGAAAGGCUGCAGUCCCCAGAAUACUGAAACCCAAAGGUUCCAUCAGCUGUGCUGGUGGCUCUUCUCCAUAGUCCUUCCCAUAGGGCAGCCGGAGGAGGCACCCUCUUGUGAGGAAGGAACCUUUUGCAAAGUUCCCAACACCAUUACUCCAUCUCCACUGCACUUGUGCUUGGUGUGUUAGGGUUAUGAUUGUUGAGACUGAGCGUGGGAUGGAGUUUCUGUUAGUCUGAAAAUACCAUGAAGAAGAGCUGAUGCUUUUAUGAAGGAGGUUGGGUUUUAUUUGAUCUUCCCAAGCCCGCCUCCUUGCCCACCACGAAGCAUCAGUGUGUGAGUCCCUCUGCAGCCAUGUCCACCAGAAGAAGGGAAAGGGAAGCUCUGCCCUUGUCAUAAUGUCUCAUCACCUAAGUUAAUUUAUCUAAUACAUAAAUUAUUUUUUUUAUUCAUCAGAAAUAAACUUUUA